AUGGAAGACGAAACCUUGGAGAGCCGAAAUCAAGCCAGAUUGGCUAUAUUGGAGCUCACCAACAUGAUCAGUGUCCCUAUGUGCCUCCACGCUAUCGUACGCCUCAACGUCCCUGAUGCCAUCUGGCAAGGUGGCUCCAACGCUCCCCUCUCCGCCUCCCAGAUCCUAACACGUGUCCUCCCCUCUGGUGAUCCCCACAAUCUCCAACGCAUCCUCCGCCUUCUCACCACUUACGGCGUUUUCGCCGAGCACCUCCUAACCGACCCCUCCUCCGACCAAGUCCUUCGGAAAUACUCCCUCACCGACAUCGGAAAAACGCUGGUCACCGAUGCGGACGGCCUCUCCUACGGAGCGUAUGUGCUGCAGCACUACCAGGAGGAGUUGAUGACAGCGUGGCCAUUGGUUCACGAGGCCGUUGUGGACUCCACCACCGAGCCCUUCGUCAAAGCCAACGGCGAGCCGGCCUAUUCUUACUAUGGUAAGAAACCAGAGAUGAACGAUCUGAUGCAGAGGGCAAUGUCGGGGGUAUCCGUGCCCUUCAUGAAGGCUAUUUUGAACGGGUACAAUGGGUUUGAUGGAGUGCAACGAUUGGUGGACGUUGGUGGGAGUGCAGGGGAUUGUCUGAGGAUGAUCUUACAGAAACACACAAAUAUUAAGGAGGGGAUAAACUUUGACUUGCCGGAGGUCGUAGCCAAGGCCCCAAACAUUCCCGGUGUGACCCACGUUGGAGGUGACAUGUUCAAAUCUGUUCCUGAUGGCGAUGCUAUCUUUAUGAAGUGGGUGUUGACAACUUGGACUGAUGAAGAAUGCAAGCUGAUCAUGAAGAACUGCUACAAUGCACUACCGGUGGGUGGAAAGAUGAUAGCCUGCGAGCCAGUGCUGCCAAAGGAGUCAGACAAUAGUCUUAGAACACGAGCCCUCUUGGAAGGAGACAUCUUUGUCAUGACAAUCUACAGAGCCAAGGGUAAGCAUAGGACUGAAGAAGAAUUUAGGCAACUGGGUCUCUCUGCAGGUUUCCCCCAUUUACGAGCAUUCUAUAUCGACCAUUUCUAUACUGUCUUAGAGUUCCAAAAGUGAUUUCCAGAAGUAAAAUUCAACACCCAAGGAAAUGGAAUUCUCACAUUGGGAGGCCCUAAUCUGUUGCUCAGAUUAAUAAAUCAUGCAUAUUGUGCAUCGAAACAUUGCAGUAACUGUGGUAAGAUGGGGUCAUUUGUAGUUAUUUAUCAAUUUCAUUACUUGAGCCUUAAUUAAAGAGAUAGCUAGAAGCUCCUCUUUUAGA